AUGGAAACUUUUGAAGAAGAAUCAUCGGCAUCGUCUUCAUCCAGUGAAAUCCUAGCUUCCCAGGCGGCUUGCAACAAUCAAAUUAAUACAGAGCCGCCGGAGCAGGAGCAAGUGCCGCAAGUGGCGGCGGCAGCGAGCACCACCAAUAUCAUAAUAACCCAAAAGAGGAAGGCUGGGAGGAAGAAGUUUAGGGAGACGAGGCACCCGAUCUUUAGAGGGGUGAGAGAGAGGAACGGAGGGAAGUGGGUGUGCGAGGUUAGGGAACCCAAUAAGAAGUCUCGCAUAUGGCUGGGUACCUUCCCGUCCCCCGACAUGGCCGCCAGGGCAUACGACGUCGCCGCCAUCGCCCUCCGGGGAAAAUCGGCCAUUCUCAACUUCCCUGAUUCCGAAUGGAUUCUUCCACGAGCCAAGUCAUCAUCACCGAGGGACAUACAGGUGGCAGCUCUCCAGGCUGCCGAGUCAUUUCCACCUCAUCCUCAUGCCGUAACCAGUAGCUGCUCUUCCUUCUGCUCGUCCACUACAUCGUCCGCCACUGCUUCUAAGUUGCCACAUGUCAAUGAAGGAAAGAAGGGUGAAAUUACAGAAAACGCAACAGGAGGAGGAGGAGGAGGAGGAGGAGGAGAAAGAGCAGCAGGGGAAUCGGCAUUGUUCGUGGACGAGGAGGAGUUCUUUAAUAUGCCGGCACUUAUUGACAGCAUGGCACAAGGGAUGUUGCUAACCCCGCCGUCGAUGAACAGCUGGGAUGACGUGGAUUGCCAAGUGGACUGGUACUUGUGGUCUUACUGA